AUUUGAACCAGCGAUAGAUUCAGGCGCCAUGCACAAUCAAGCAAAAGGACGAUUGAUUUGGAGCAGAAAUGCGGGAGUUGUACGUGGUUUAAGAUUGUAUUAUUAAUAUUAAUGGGGUGACGGAUUGGGGGUGGACGAGUCAGGGUUACGAGCAGGCCAACGCAACAGACGGCGAGGAUGAAGGACGGGUUAGGGUACAGCAGGCCAACCCAAAACGUUUCAAACGACGAGGGCGACGGACGCGUCAAGGUUACAUGCAGCGUAGCAGGGCCCAUUAAAAAAAUCGAAACGCAGGGUCGCGGUAACAAAAGGUGAAGACGAGUCCAACAGAAGACGAGUCCAGCAUUUGAUCAAUAUUAAUGCCAACCGAACCAACACAACGACAGAAUGGCAGACAUUCGACCGUACGUUUGGGUAAGCAAAUAUAAGGUGGUAAUUUGUACCCAAUGCCAGUUUGCCAACGCAGCAACCGAGGUCGAGCCGCAUUUACGCGGUACCAGCCAUAAGAUGCGGCCAGACCAAGCAAGAAAGAUUGCAGCAGCAGUCGGCCAGUUGCCGAAUAUUUACCAGGACCAUAACGCAUUGCGCGAGUUCGCGUUCCCCCCGCCGACGUGCCCAGAGAUUCCGUUGUUGCGGCCGGCACAACGGGACGGUUUUGGAUGCGCGGAAUGCGGGUGGGUUUGCCGGCAAGAGAAUAGUAUGCGCGACCAUUACAGAUCCAAACAUGCAUGGCAAAACCCGCGGACCAGAGGAGGGAAGCAAGUCGCGGCACAGUUGCCGUGGCGUACGGGCGUGCGAUUACAGCGGUUUUUUAAGAACCGGCAAGCAAGCAGUUGGUUCGAGGUCGAACGGCCGCGGGCCACGACGGAUGACCCGCCGGUACGAGCCGUGGCGACAAUCGACGACAUCAUCAGCAAGGCAGUCAAAUUGGGCCAGGAAAAGAUGUGUGCGAUGGAAAGGAUUUACCACGACAGGGUCGAGAUGGCCAACGAGAAGUUGGAGCCGAAUUUGUGGGUCCAGGAGGUGGGUUGGUCGCGGCAUUUGCGCGGGUUCAGCCGCAUGAAAAUAAUGGCGUUAAUCGACCCAAUUAAAGAAAAGGAGCGGACGUUGGAGGCCAUGUGGCAAAGUUUCCACCGGGCAGCACGGCAGGGGCAGAGGAUGAUUUUGCAGGGGGAGGUCGACGACAUCGUGUUGAAGACGAUUAACCGGAAGGAUGGCGACAAGCGGAGCGACAAGCGGUUCAGUGCCAAAAUGGAAGCCGAAACGUGGAAAAAAUACACCGAGGUGAUGCGGCAGGUGAUUUGUUAUAUGCACCGCAGCCAGGCGAUGGAGGACGAGGAGCGGCCGGCGUACCGGUUGACGUUGCAGCAGGGGGAAUGGUGGGACGCGUUCGAAAACGCGGCGGCAGAGUUGGCAGAGACGCGGAGGCCGACGAAAGAACAAGAGGAGCGGUUGGAUCGGUUGUGCGUCGACGCGGUCGUCGGGUUAAUGGACCAGAUAUUAUUGCGGACGGGUUACGAGAACGCAGUGAUUAGCGGGUUGGCGGUCAUGGGGUUGUUACCGAUGGCAGGAUGGGCGAGCCCGUUGAAUUACACGCCCAAAUAUUCGGCGGUGAUGAAGAUGACGCGGAUAUUGUUGGCGAGCCAGAUCAAGUAUGAAGACGACGAGGAAAUGGAGCGGUUGGAGGCGCAGGGGUUGGAAGCAGAAGAGGCAAACGAGCAAUGCGUGGGCAUGGACAGGCGGGCGCACGAGAAGGUAAUGCGGUUCAUGGUACGGCCGACCACGCAGGGGCGAUCGUCGCCGAUGGGGUGGAUAUACGACCGCAAGGCGUACGGGAUGGCGAUCCGCAACACGACGGUGGCGGAGGGGUUCGUGUCGUGGAAGGGGGACACCAUCACGUACCGGAAAAUCCAGUUCGGCAUGGGCCAGUUGGUCGACAUGGUGCACGGGAUGGUGGCGGAAGCGCGGGAGGUUAUGGCGGAGUUGUUGAUGAUACCGGAGGGACAGGACCACGAGCAAUUUCCGGCGAUUAAUUGGGCGGGGUUACACGACGACCAGAGCGACGAGGCGUACGGGUAUUCGUUUUUGCGGGACGAGCGUAACGAGUGGCCGGUCGACGGAAAAACGUGGUUAAUGGGCAAGAUAUCGCAGCAAAUCGAGUUGAAGCGGGCGUGGGCAGGUACAGAAGCGUCCCCGUUCAGCGGCGAGCAAGUGCGGCGGUACGAGCGGUCGGUGGAGCGGUUCCGCGAGCAGAUAUUGUUGUUAAUGCACAUUACGGGCGGGCAGCCGGCACGCGGGACGGAGAUUAUCGGGUUGCGGAUGUGGAAUACGGGCGGUGGGGGGACGCGAAACGUUUUCGUGGACAACGGGUUGAUAAGUUUUGUGGUGUUGUACCACAAGAAUAUCCGGACGACGGAAAGGGCCAAGGCAGUCAGCCGGUUCGUGCCGCGGGAGGUGGGAUUAUUAUUAAUGUGGUAUAUGUGGUUGGUGUUACCGUUUUGGCAGCAGGUUCAAGGGGUGGUGGAGGGAGGGGACGAGGCAAGCGCGUUUUUAUGGGCGAACAAGGUGAUGUUUAGCAAGGCAGAAGAGAGCGAGGACGAUUGGGACGAGAACGAGGCGGAGGGCGCGAGAAGCACCAGGGUCAGGGACGCCAUUUAG